GCUCUGCUCUUCUGUUUUAAACUUUCCGGAUCUUUGAACGCCUCACCGAAUAAAUUAAACAACUUGUUGUUGUUGUUUUUUUGUCUCUUCCCGGGACUUAAAGAAGGAUUGUGUCUUGCUGCUGUUGGUGCAGGACGCGUCUCCGGUGCGCACCGGACCAAAAUGGACCGCAGAACGUGUCCGGUGCGUCCGCCGCCCUGUGCGCCAGCUGUGUCCGGGACAAACUGAUUAAAAUCCUGACUGGAGGUGGACUGGACUCGCUGUCUGGUUUCCUCUGCUCUGGUUCACGGCUGUGCGCUCUGCAUUCCUCAAUCCGAGGAGAGGACACGGACACGGACUCGGGCUGAGAAACACGGAGGAGGGUGUAGCUAUGUGAGAGAAAAGAAACGGGGACAUCACAGCCUGCAAAGACCUGCAGAACAGGGGGACGGUCGGAUGUCUUCACGGACUAAAAAACACGACUCAGAUGUCUCAAGUUUGAAGAAAGUCCAUCCAACGCCCAAGUGAAUGCAACAAAAGGCAGUCUGUGAAGAUCAAAACAGCAUUCAGCAAAGGCAGAUGGAUGAUGCUGAUCCCUCGCUCCGGAGGUGUGGAGUGACAGAUGACAGAGGGUUUGAUACAGCGGGAGACAAACAGCGAGAUAACGCCGCCGCCAGAGAGGGUCACCGCCGGCGGUAAUGGAAAACGCUGGCAAAGGUCAGGCACAUCGAUCGGGAGGCGAGGAGAAAUCAACCUCGUCAUCAACUCUGACCUGAAAGAAGAAAAGCCUCUUGGAACACCUCGGAUGCAUCCAACCACAUCAGGUUGUCAUCAGUUGAAUGCAGAUAUUAGAACUGACUGAUACUCUGGAGCCGGCUUCCCGCAGCUUGCAGGCAGCAGCAGCCAUGGAUAUGAGUAAACUAAUUUUCAGCUCUAAAUUAGAAACUCUUAAGCUCCCAAGAGGUGGAUGUGACUGAACACCACAGAGCAAUACAGGACGUCUUGGCUCACGUACACAUUGAGAACUCAUCGCCAAUGACUCGUUGGCAAGAGAUGGGAGAUUCAAACUACAGGGAACAAUUUGAGGCUGUUUGCAGCUAACAAGACUUUAUUGGAAUAUAAUCAAAACACUUGUAGCUAGUUCUUCCCAAUCCCCUCUUCCCUGUCAUUCCCCAUCUCCAAGGUUACUUCCUCCCUGGUUUUCCCUGUUCCCCAGAUCCUGUGUUCAUCAGUCUGUACUGAUUAUUGGUGUUCUGUUGAAUCCACACUUCAAAACUCUUUGAUAACUCUCUCGAUGCGGAGUGCAUCCCUCUCCACCUUCUUCUUCCCUUUGCUGGUGAAGAAGGUGAAUUAAAACCUCCUCGUUCCACCAAAAGGGUAAGAGUCUCUCUUUGGGAUGGGAGGUCCAGCGAGGGCUCUUCUUGGCGGGUUUAGCACCACCACUUCUUCCCUAGAGGUUGGAGGUCGAAUGGCUUGGCCAAGCAACAAUCCCCUGGACCUUAACCAAAGUCUGCCAUGGGGGAUAGGGCUUGGAAGCAGCGUUGUUGGAGGUGCGGCAGCUAUGAGUGGUGGUCUGGACAAUUUUACCCAGGAGUCUGUCACCAGGGCUGUGAUGAAAGAGAAAAACUGGCCAGCACUACUUAUACUUGUCAUCAUCGCACUGACGAUUGGAGGCAAUAUCCUGGUGAUCUUGGCAGUGUCCCUGGAGAAGAAGCUCCAAAACGCGACCAACUUCUUCCUGAGGUCACUGGCGGUGGCAGACAUGCUUGUCGGCAUCUUGGUCAUGCCGAUCUCCCUAAUUAACAUCCUCUACGACUACGCCUGGCCUCUCCCCAGCGCUCUCUGUCCAAUCUGGAUCUACCUGGACGUGCUGUUCUCCACCGCCUCCAUCAUGCACCUGUGCGCCAUCUCUCUGGAUCGAUACGUCGCCAUCCGCAACCCCAUAGAGCACAGCCGCUUCAACUCCAGAACCAAAGCCAUGAUGAAGAUCGCCGCCGUCUGGACCAUAUCUAUAGGUGUGUCGAUGCCUAUCCCAGUGAUCGGCCUCCACAACGAGGAUAAGGUCUUCGUCAACGGUAGCUGUGUCCUCAACGAGGAGCGCUUCAUGCUGAUCGGCUCCUUUGUAGCCUUCUUCAUCCCGCUGGUCAUCAUGGUGGUGACGUACUGCCUCACCAUACAGGUGCUCCAGAGGCAGGCCACUGUCUUCCUGUGUGAGGCAAAGACUUCCUCUCAGCAGCCUUUGCACACACCAGCAAUGGCAAAUACACUACAGCCUCCGAGCAGCACCUUCCACCUCCCUCAGAUCAACACACUCGCCCCGUCAGAAUCACAAGCGGAGAUAAAGCCCCCGCCUCCUCAGAGCAGACGAAACACCUUGAGCUGUCUGAAAGGAGCCGAGCCCGGCAUACUGCUCAGAGCCUCGACGCCAGACAGCAUAAGCAUCAUUCCCAGCUCCGAGGUGGCGUCUCAGCUGAGCUCGCCGGCAGCUGGGCCGUCGCGGAGCGACACGUCGGGUUGCCAUGGACGACGGGGGAUGAUGCAGGCCAUAAAGAACGAGAGGCGGGCCUCCAAGGUCCUGGGAAUCGUCUUCUUCCUCUUCCUCAUCAUGUGGUGUCCCUUCUUCAUCACCAACGUCACCUCCGUCUUGUGCCAGGACGCCUGCAAUGAGGCGCUACUUCAUGACCUCCUCAACGUCUUCGUCUGGGUGGGUUACAUCUCCUCCGGGGUAAACCCUCUGGUGUACACCCUCUUCAACAGGACCUACAGGAGAGCAUUCUCCAGCUACAUCAGGUGCCAGUACAAAGUUGGGGCCAACGCAGCUGGACAGACUUGCAAAACCCUCUUGGUUCCCCAACCAUGCCCGUCACAUGCCGUGACCCCUCUUCUGAUGGGCAGUCACGGAAAAACAGACAUAGACCGCAAUAGUAACUGUCGCAACGGCGGUAGGGGGGAUAACGGGAGGCUGCCGGUUGACCCGGAGGACCUGACAGAUGGCGAGUCACAAAUCGGAAUAGUGUCACAGAGCCUCUCCGAAUGCCACAACAUCGGCAUGCUUUCGGAAACAGAGGCGGAAACUGAGGUGGAGCUGGACCUGUCGCUCAUCAGCUACAGCCCCGCCAGCAGAGAACACACAAGCAGUGUGUGAUCACGUGUUUUUGUUGUUGUUUUAUGUCUUCUUUUUAACCUCCAGACGCUGGGCCGAGCGACCUUUCUUCUCGACGAGCUGUUGCUCGGUGCCCAAAGCGGUUUUUAUGACGGUGCUGUCAUUGUGGAAGGACGAUCCUUACCCCGAUGCUGAAGUGCACUACUUUACCGCAACGUGUUGAAGGAGUCGGAUUGCGAGAGAUGUUUCGGAAUGGAAGCCAAUAUUUCAGACGUUUUCUGCGUGGUGUCCAAAUGUUGGUUUUCAUACCACACAUGGAGAAUAAAGGCAUUUGUUUAGCUGUCACAAAAUGUGGUGUACUUCAUGUGAACAUGGUAAGAGACAGUCAGUGACGAGCUUACUCUCAUUGUAAACCUGAUAUGAAGUCGAGCGGCCCUCAAUGGGAGUCCCACUGAUUCAGGUUACAGAGUGAAGCGGCGACCGCUGAUGUCAACGUGGGGUCAAACUUCAAGCCUUCACACAGAGUCAGAAUGCAGUCCGAGCUCUGGUUUAUGUGGCUUCUCUCCACACCAAGCAAACUUAAAACCAAAUCUAUUUUUGUGUGCCAGUCAAGCUUUGACAACAACAGAAUAUAAAAUAUACCUGAAUGAACCUUUCCAGCAUGUAUAAUCAAAGUGCUCAGCCGACAGAAAUUGGAUUUUUUCUUUUCCUCUAAAGAAAACUUUCUCAAGGCUGCAGUCAGAGGUUUGUCUGAGAGGAGCCGAGAUGAAGGAAUGUACUGGUGGACUCACAGUGCCAUCUGGUGGUCGCAUGACGCAGUGAGGUUGCUUCCCCUUGGAUUGAGCAAGGUGGAAUUUAAAAGAGCUAAAAAAGAAAAUACACGGCGCAACGUAACUGUCACAGGCUCUUGCUUCUGUUGACCAACGCAACCAGUUUGGAAACAAUUAAAGUCCCAACUUUUAAAGGUUUUUACUGAAAACAAUCAACAAAGAUGUGAAAAAAAGUUUUUAAUAUAAGGUUCCUAAGAUGUCAUUCUUAAAAUAGAACAAAAUAUAUAGAUUUUAUGACAUCGGCUACAGCUUGAUAUUGUUGGUUUUGUCAGUUCAUCGUCGUCGUCACCCAACAACACAAAACUCAUCUUCCAAGAUCUUCCUCAGCUGUGAUCAAAGACACACUCCACUUUUCCACAAGCAGUGGAUUUUUCGCUCAGUGGCGAAUAAGAAACGGUAAUAGUAAUAAAGGAUUGUAGUCAAAUUACGACACAGAUUGUACAUGUUAUGGAAUAUUGCUCACAUUUAGUGAAUGGCUGUGAAUUCAGUACAUGGAUCUUACAUGAUGACACCUCAUAUCAGUGUUGUAGUCAAGACCAAAGUAUUGCGAGGCUGAGUCAAGACCUAGACCAGACAGUAUAUACCCUACUUAGGCAGUUAAUAUUCACAAAAACUCUUUGAGUCACCUCAUUAAUCGUCGCCUUGAGGUAUUUACAUGACCGACUAAAAUCCAGAAUCCUCUUUGUUUAAGAUCGAGACGAGACCGAGUAAAAAUGCAGUCGAUUCCAAGACGAAACCAAGGCUGAUCUCGAGUACUACAACACUACCAGAUAUUACCGUUUAAGCUUAAAUUGAGGUAAUGAGCGUUAACUACUGUUACAUGUAUGCUCCGACGAUGAUUUUUAGGAUGAAAAUCUCAGCCGGUAUCUUCACCCGAUUGUCCCAAACACUAAAUCUUUGCUCUCUGACUACCCGAGUCACCAUAACACCACAGUGUGACUCAAAGACCAAAUACCAUUAGAUUUCAUCUGUCACAUUAAAUCGGACAGAAAGUCGAUACGCUAAGAGACAGGACCCCCUGACUCUAUCAAGACGGGUCACCAACCCUCACAGCUCUGUCACGUUGAUUUUCUCGCCCUCCUUCCUCCCGCGUUUUAUCGACAUCUGACAGGCGGUGUAAUUCCUCCACGCUGCAUCUCCAUCAACUGAAAUGUCUGCAAUAUACUGCCUUAGGAGAUAAUUAAAUGUUAAAGGGAACAAGUCAGGGUGCUAAAAUUUGGUUUUCCUAACAACAAAUCCACCUCUUACAACACAAUAUAGUAGAUAUAACCUGAAACCUGCGUGUGUUUAAUGAUUUGCUUUGUAGGUUUAGCUCGACAGAGCUAAAUUGUUGGGUUGUAAAGGAACUACACUGAGAAAAGUGAUAUUUUAAGAGAUCACUCCCAAAAUAUAACCCUAAAGGGAUGUCAGAAGUGUGAUAGUUUGAAAGAUUGGGGCAUCUCGGAGUCAGGAAGGGAAGAUAACGCCAGAAUUGUUGUGUUUUUGCGGACUGACCCAUACUUCAGGAUAUCUCAGCCUAUCUUUCUCUUUUUGGUCACAAUUUUAUGGAAGUGCAAUCCUA